GAGGUCAGGCUCUACUCCUCCCGCCGCCGCAGUGGUGUAAGAUCCAUGCGAUGAGUUCGGAGAAGGAGGAAUCAUCUUCUACGCGGCGGCGCUUGGCCUGCACGCCUUACUUCGACGCUCUCUAUUUCUGCUACUCACCAGUUCACCAGAUGCAGCAGUACUACCGGGUUGGAAAACUUGAUGACUGCUUGCAGAAGUUCCAUGAUCUCUUUGAUUGUCUAUCAUUGAAGACAAAAAGUGCUUCUGAAGUCGAGAAAGUUUUGGAAGCUCGGGAAAAAGAGAAGAAACAUAUCUGGAUUAUGCGGACACGGGAAGAAGCUGUAAGUCACUGGAAUAAGACCUUUGGGCAUUUGGAUGAUCCAAAUAGAUAGAUGGAUAGGUUUCACGCCUCUUGCCUUCAUUUUUCGGGAUCUCGGGCCAUGUUAUAUCGUAGAAACCGGGUUUCAACUUGGAGAUUCUGGUGAUUAUUCCACCGGAUAUAAUUUCCGUGCAGGGAAAAAAUUGUUUUCGUACUUUGUCACGAACGAUUUGCUAACUUGCAUUGCUGGUAUAUCAGCAAAGAAGGGAACAUGAACAUCUAGUGAUGAAAGGAUGUUCCAAGAAAUAAUUUCUUGAACUUUGGCGUAUUUUUGUC